AUGCCUAAGAUCCUCGAUGGAAAGGCUCUAGCAAAUGAGGUCCGGAAACGCGUGAAAGAAAAUAUCAAAUCUACCCAGGCAAAGGUUCCUGACUAUAAGCCUCGUCUGGCUGUGGUUCAAGUCGGUACGCGUGAAGACUCGUCUGUAUAUCUUCGUAUGAAGCAAAGAGCAGCUAAAGAGACUGGAAUUGGAUUUACACUUGAACAAUUACCAGAGUCAAUUUCCGAACAAGAAUUAUUAAAUAGAGUCAGAGAACUUAAUGAAGAUAGCAAAGUUCAUGGAAUGAUUGUACAGAUGCCAUUACCGCCUCAUAUUAAUGAAACCACUGUAAUUGAAGCCAUUGACUACCACAAAGAUGUAGAUGGAUUUCAUGCAUUGAACGUCGGUAAAAUGGCUAAAAGAUCAACCACCCCGCUCUUCUUACCAUGUACUCCAAAGGGCAUUAUCGAACUACUUAAAGCAAACAAAAUUUCACUAAGCGGGAAGAAUGCUGUAGUAGUCGGACGCAGUGAUAUUGUGGGUUUCCCUGUAGCUGCUCUCUUGUCAGCUGAAGAUGCAACAGUGACUAUCUGUCACUCAAAAACUGAGAAUAUUAAAUCUGUCAUCAAUAAGGCUGAUGUGCUAGUUGUGGCUAUUGGUCAACCUGAAUUUAUCAAGGGUGAAUGGAUUAAGCCUGGAGCAGUUGUUAUUGACGUUGGUAUAAACUCAGUUACAGAUACUUCAAAGGCUUCUGGUAAAAGACUGGUUGGUGAUGUAGAAUAUGAAACUGCCUCAAAGGUGGCUGGAGCGAUUACACCUGUUCCUGGAGGUGUAGGCCCUAUGACUGUAGCUAUGUUGAUGGAGAAUACAAUGAUAAGUGCCAACCGAGCGCUUGAGCAUAGAAACGAGUGCCAGACUGUUUGCGAAGAAAGGCUACAACCCCUUUUCAGUUUCAACUUGUUCUCAAAAAAGUUUCUUAUUUCUACAUCUAAAGAAGUGCAUAAAAAAUAA